CUGUAGCUGAGCAGUGAGGAGGAGUGAGCAGAAUCAGGCCUGCACACCUGACCUCUGCUGUUUGCAUUCACACCUGUUUGGUGCUCAUUCCUGCUUCUGAAAAUCACCUGAGGACAGGCCCCUUUUGUUGCCAACUCUAUUUUCCGGGUCAAGGGUUUUUCCUGGCAAUGUCAGCUCUGGACUGUUGCUACUGCAUCUUGGUAAUGGAGGAGAUCACAGAUUUUUUUACAGCACAAUAAAACUAGAUUUGGGCAGAAGGUGAAUGAAACCUGCUCUCAGAAUAUCUUGUUAUUCUUGCUACAACUUGGCUUCCAGGCUAAAGCAGAAUAAACACAAUCCUGCCUAGAGGAAAGCACUUACUAGAACUCUUUGGGACUGUGUUCUGCUACAUUGCUUUAUCCCUGACAUUUUUCAAGAUAACAAAAAGAAGACAAAAAGGAAAAGGAAAAAAAAAAACAGUCUAGUAGGACACAGAAAUCAUACACAGAAGAAAACAAAGGAAAAUCCAGACUGCUUCCAGAAAAUAGAGAUUUCCAAUUUUCUGGAGAAAUGAUUUCAUACAUGGAGAGAAAGCUUGCCUUUCUGACUUACAUGAUCAUUUUGAUGUAAAGGAUCGUCUUUGUUUCAAGAUUUAAUUUCCUGGGGCUUAACCCUUUGGCCCUCCUAAGAGGACACAGUAUUUACAAUCCAGUCUUUGAAAGCAUCUGAGGAGUGUGGAGGAGGAGGAGGAGAAGGAAAAGGAGAAGGAGGAGGAGAAGAGGAGAGGAGGAGGGAAAGAUAGAAAGAGAGAAAGAUUGCUUGCUACCCCUGAACAGUGACCUCUCUCAAGACAGUGCUUUGCUCUUCAGGUAUAAGUGUUCUUCAAAUCUAAAAGAGACCACCUUAUGUCCUGUGGCAAUGCAAUGCUGCUACCAGUUUAAAGAGAAAAGAGAAGCUCUGGUUUUCCCACAGAAGAAUCACUUGUCUUGUGAGUGGUGUGCACACUGUGAUGGAGACAGGAUGCCUGGAUAUGAACUUUGAUGACAAUAUCAAUGGAAGUAGAGCUUUCAGCACACUAAAUCCUGGAGAAAUGGCUUUUGUGCAUACCACAUGCUUGUGUUUCAUUCUUCUUUGUACAAUAACAGGCUAUUCUUUGGAGAUAAAAGUUAAUCCUCCUCAGGAUUUUGAAAUAUUGGAUCCUGGAUUACUUGGUUAUCUCUAUUUGCAAUGGAAACCUCCUGUGGUUAUAGAAAAAUUUAAGGGCUGUACACUAGAAUAUGAGUUAAAAUACCGAAAUGUUGAUAGCGACAGCUGGAAGACUAUAAUUACUAGGAAUCUAAUUUACAAGGAUGGGUUUGAUCUUAAUAAAGGCAUUGAAGGAAAGAUACGUACGUAUUUGUCAGAGCAUUGUACAAAUGGAUCAGAAGUACAAAGUCCAUGGACAGAAGCUUCUUAUGGGAUAUCAGAUGAAGGAAGUUUGGAAACUAAAAUUCAGGACAUGAAGUGUAUAUAUUAUAACUGGCAGUAUUUGGUCUGCUCUUGGAAACCUGGCAAGACAGUACAUUCUGAUACCAACUAUACCAUGUUUUUCUGGUAUGAGGGCUUGGAUCAUGCCUUACAGUGUGCUGAUUACCUCCAGGAUAAUGAAAAAAAUGUUGGAUGCAAACUGUCCAACUUGGACUCAUCAGACUAUAAAGAUUUUUUUAUCUGUGUUAAUGGAUCUUCAAAGUUGGAACCCAUCAGAUCCAGCUAUACAGUUUUUCAGCUUCAAAAUAUAGUUAAACCAUUGCCACCAGAAUUCCUUCAUAUUAGUGUGGAGAAUUCCAUUGACAUUAGAAUGAAAUGGAGCACACCUGGAGGACCCAUUCCACCAAGGUGUUACACUUAUGAAAUUGUGAUCCGAGAAGACGAUAUUUCCUGGGAGUCUGCCACAGACAAAAAUGAUAUGAAGUUGAAGAAGAGAGCAAAUGAAAGUGAAGAUCUAUGCUUUUUUGUAAGAUGUAAGGUCAAUAUAUAUUGUGCAGAUGAUGGAAUUUGGAGCGAAUGGAGUGAAGAGGAAUGUUGGGAAGGUUACACAGGGCCAGACUCAAAGAUUAUUUUCAUAGUACCAGUUUGUCUUUUCUUUAUAUUCCUUUUGUUACUUCUUUGCCUUAUUGUGGAGAAGGAAGAACCUGAACCCACAUUGAGCCUCCAUGUGGAUCUGAACAAAGAAGUGUGUGCUUAUGAAGAUACCCUCUGUUAAACCACCAUUUUCUUGACAUAGAGCCAGCCAUCAGGAGUCAUAUUAAACUCAAUUUCUCUUAAAAUUUCAAAUACAUCUUCUUGAAAAUCAGUGUUUGUCCUAAUAGUGUUGGGUUUUUGACUAAAGUGAUGGAUAUAUAUCUC